ACCUGAUUGGUACUAUCAUUCAGUUAAUGUUAACACGUCGAAGGAAAAUGAUGAGAAAUUUUAUACUUUGUUUCGGGUGCAUAGUGCUUCUGGGUCUAAUUGGAGAAAUCCAUUCAGCAAGGUUACAAAUAAAGACAACGAAGCAAGUUGAGUGCACGACUAAAUCAAAGCACGGCGACACAUUAAGAAUUCAUUAUCGGGGAACUUUAGAAAAUGGAAAUGAAUUUGAUAGUAGCUAUAAACGUGGCCAACCAUUUGUGUUCAAAAUUGGCUUUGGAAAUGUAAUCAAAGGUUGGGAUCAAGGAUUACUGGAUAUGUGUGAAGGUGAAAAACGACGACUCACCAUUCCACCAGAAUUGGCCUACGGAGAAACUGGCUUUGAAGGCUUAAUUAAGCCCGGUGCAACAAUAAUCUUUGACACCGAAUUGAUACAAAUUAACGGACGUGACGAACUUUAAAAGUUUAUAAUGUAAGGAAAUGAAAGAGACAAUUAAAGCACUGUUCGUGCCCCAGAAAGCAUUAAA